CAACAACAACAGCAACAACAACAACAACAACAACAACAACAACAACAACAACAACAACAACAGCAGCAGCAACCACAACAACAGCAACAACAACCACAACAACAACAGCAACAACUGGAACAACCACAACAACAACUGGAACAACAACAGCAGCAACGGCAACAACAGCAACAAAAAGUGCAACCACAACAAAAACGACCUCGUAAUGAUAUUGAUCAAUCUCCAUCCACAAAGUCAUCAGCACCUAUUACCACUAGUUCUUCUACAACAAUGACCAAUAAUCAGUCCAACAAUACAAAAAAACGCAAGCUAGUGGAAACGACCUUGGAGGAGCCUGCCAAUCAAACUGUAUUCACCAUCAUUGUCGGUGGCCGAACCUUUCGUCUUUCGUGGGAAUCUUUGAAAAGUGAUGGACCAACCAACUUUUUUGUUAACUACUUUCUUCGUCAACGCAACACUCGGGUGAUGUAUGUGGAUCGUGAUGCUGAUUCGUUUCAGAUGAUUGUUCAUCAUUUACGUGGUUAUUAUGUCCGCCCAGUCGAUGAUAUUCAAAACCAAGAUCUUCUGAAUGACGCUCGGUAUUAUGGUUUACAACGAUUAUACAAAAUCCUUCAUGAAUACUUAUAUGUCAAUGUAGGUGGUCGUGUCUUUCGAUUGUCUUGGAAUUUACUUCGAAAAGAUGGUAAAAGCAACUUUUUUACUGGUCCAUUGAUGCAUACGUUAUUGAAUCCUCAUGGUGUGAAAGAUCAAGGUGCACCAGUCUAUAUCGAUCGAGAUCCUGAUAUCUUUGCAGAUAUUGUCAGUCAUUUACGCGGGUAUACUAUUCAUAUUAAGGACGACUUGCAUCGAAAAAAUCUACUUAAAGAUGCUCAAUACUAUGUCUUUCGGCAACUGGUGGAAAAACUUUUGACAGCAAGGAAAACAGUGGAUGGAUUUGGUGAAGAAGGAAGUCCUGAAGUGCUCUUACUUUUACAAGAUGUACGUAUUGUCAAUUUAUUGCCUACUAAAAAACAACAACAGCAACAACAACAACAACAGCAACAGCAGGAGCAGGAACAGGAACAAGAACAACAGCAGGCGCAGCAGGCAAUAAAUUCAUCAUCAUCAUCAUCAUCAUCCUCGUUUGCUCAACAGAAUUGGAAUAUGACACAAUUACAAUACAAACGAGAAGGUACAGCACAUGCACUACUAGUUCAAGUAGCCAACUUUUGUUUACAGGUGCAUUAUUAUCAACAAGAAGAAGAACAACAACCUUUGAUACAAAUGACAAUGGAAAUGGAUGAAUCUGAUCGGAAUAAACUUAACAUUAUUGGUCAAGCUAUUAAAGGACUUACGGGAAUUCAAGAUAAAAUACUUUAUUUGGACGAUGCAUGUGCUUUGACAGUGGAUGAUCAACAUAUUAGCUCACUAUUAGAACUAGGGAACCAUCAUUCUUUGGAAAUUUGUAACAAAUGUACCAAUCAACCUUGUCGGAUGCUGAAAUUGAUUUUGUUACGUGGGAUUUGUGGUAUUCACUUGAUGGACAACAAGAUGCUUAGUUUAUGUGCAGUACGAUUAGAAGCCAUUAGUUCCAGGUUACAAUUGAAUAUGAAAAGGGAUUUUUUACCAGCAAUUUAGUAGAAUAGAAUAUUAUUCCUGUAGUUUUAGAAAGCGAAACAGAAAUAAACUAUCUUUUUUUUUUACCCAA